AUGUGCCUCAUCGAGGCUGUUGCAGUGUUUACGAUGCACACACUGGAGUGCGGCAGCAGCACCGGGCAGUGCAUUUAUGUGAGCCCUCCACCUCCUGGCUUACCCUAUAACUUCUGCCUGCAGUUAAUUCUGACAAAUGAAUGUAAAGAGCACAGUUUUGCUCUUCAGGGGAGAAUAAAAGAAGAAAGCUUUGGGCUUGAAGAUGGAGGUGGGAAAGGAUUGGAGAUGGAGGUUGUUCUCUGUGGAAUCCUAUGUAAGGGUUUUAUUUCACUGUCUUCUUUGGGUAUUUUUGGUACAGUGUCCCUGAUUCUUUUUCAAGGGCCGCUAGAAGACGCCAUUGAAGAGGAAGAAGAGGAGUGUCCGUCAGAGGAAACAGACAUCAUCUCAAAGGGGGACUUUCCAUUGGAGGAAAGCUUUUCUACAGAAUUUGGGCCUGAAAAUCUGAGCUGUGAAGAAGUGGAAUACUUUUGUAACAAAGGCGAUGAUGAAGGCGUCCAGGAGACGGCAGAGUCAGAUGGGGACACACAAUCAGAGAAACCCGGGCAACCUGGAGUUGACACAGAUGACUGGGAUGGACCAGGAGAGCUGGAGGUUUUUCAGAAAGAUGGGGAACGAAAAAUUCAGAGUCGGCAGCAACUUCCUGUGGGAACAACCUGGGGGCCAUUCGCUGGGAAGAUGGACUUGAACAAUAAUUCACUGAAGACAAAGGCUCAGGUCCCAAUGGUGCUGACUGCUGGUCCCAAGUGGCUACUGGAUGUGACUUGGCAAGGAGUUGAAGACAACAAAAACAACUGCAUUGUGUACAGCAAAGGCGGUCAGCUUUGGUGCACAACUACGAAGGCCAUCUCUGAGGGUGAAGAGCUAAUUGCGUUUGUGGUGGAUUUUGACUCAAGGCUACAAGCUGCCAGUCAGAUGACUCUUACAGAAGGGAUGUACCCUGCACGCCUGCUGGACUCAAUUCAGCUGCUUCCUCAGCAAGCUGCCAUGGCUUCUAUUUUGCCUACAGCUAUUGUCAAUAGCACCAAGACCUUCUCAAACGCUCGAGCUCUGGAAGUGCACCUGAAUUCACACAGUGGAGUGAAAAUGGAAGAAUUCCUCCCCCCUGGUGCUAGUCUAAAAUGCACCGUCUGUAGCUACACUGCUGAUUCUGUGAUCAACUUUCACCAACACCUGUUCUCCCAUCUCACUCAAGCUGCCUUCCGAUGCAAUCACUGCCACUUCGGCUUCCAGACACAGAGGGAGUUAUUGCAGCACCAGGAGCUCCAUGUCCCCGGAAGCAAACUUCCCAGAGAAAGUGACAUGGAGCCCUCUCCAACUGGAACUGAAGAUAGCUUACAGCCAGCCACAGACUUGUUGACCAGAAGUGAACUCCCCCAGAGCCAAAAGGCCAUGCAGACUAAAGAUGCAAGCUCUGACACAGAGCUGGACAAGUGUGAGAAAAAGACUCAGAUCUUUCUCACUAACCAGAGACCAGACAUACAGCCUACAAUUAAUAAGCAAAGCUUUUCUUACACGAAAAUCAAAUCUGAGCCCUCUAGUCCAAGACUUGCCUCAUCUCCAGUCCAGCCUAAUAUUGGACCUUCUUUCCCUGUGGGUCCUUUUCUCUCUCAGUUUGCUUUUCCCCAAGAUAUCACAAUGGUCCCUCAAGCUUCAGAGAUCUUAGCCAAGAUGUCGGAGCUCGUACAUCGGCGACUGAGGCAUGGAAGCAGUAGCUACCCUCCUGUGAUUUACAGCCCCCUGAUGCCCAAGGGGGCUACUUGUUUUGAGUGUAACAUAACAUUCAAUAAUUUGGAUAAUUAUCUAGUGCACAAAAAACAUUACUGCAGCAGCCGAUGGCAGCAGAUGGCCAAGUCCCCAGAGUUCCCCAGUGUUUCAGAAAAGAUGCCUGAGGCUGUGAGUCCCAACACUGGCCAAACCUCCAUCAACCUUCUCAACCCAGCUGCUCAUUCUGCUGAUCCUGAGAACCCACUUCUUCAAACAUCAUGCAUCAAUUCUUCCACCGUUUUAGAUCUAAUGGGGCCAAAUGGGAAGGGCCACGACAAGGACUUUUCCACUCAAGCUAAGAAGCUUUCCACCUCCAGUAGCAAUGAUGACAAAAUUAAUGGAAAACCUGUUGAUGUGAAAAAUCCCAGUGUCCCCUUAGUGGAUGGGGAAAGUGACCCAAAUAAGACUACCUGUGAAGCUUGCAACAUUACCUUCAGCCGGCACGAAACAUACAUGGUCCACAAACAGUAUUAUUGUGCUACACGCCACGACCCUCCGCUCAAGAGGUCUGCUUCCAACAAAGUGCCUGCCAUGCAGAGAACCAUGCGCACGCGCAAGAGAAGGAAGAUGUAUGAGAUAUGCCUACCUGAACAGGAACAACGGCCUCCCCUAGUUCAGCAGCGAUUUCUUGAUGUAGCCAACCUCAGCAAUCCUUGUACCUCCACUCAAGAACCCACUGAAGGGCUAGGAGAGUGCUACCACCCAAGAUGUGAUAUCUUCCCAGGCAUUGUCUCCAAGCACUUGGAAACAUCUCUGACCAUCAACAAAUGUGUUCCGGUUUCCAAAUGUGACACUACUCAUUCCAGUGUUUCCUGCCUAGAGAUGGACGUGCCCAUAGAUCUCAGCAAAAAGUGUUUAUCCCAGUCUGAGCGGACGACCACAUCUCCCAAAAGGCUGCUGGACUACCACGAGUGCACUGUGUGCAAGAUCAGUUUCAAUAAGGUAGAAAACUACCUGGCCCACAAGCAGAAUUUCUGCCCGGUCACUGCCCAUCAGCGUAAUGACCUGGGUCAACUUGACAGCAAAGUGUUUCCAAAUCCAGAAAGUGAACGAAACAGCCCUGACAUCAGCUAUGAAAGAAGCAUAAUAAAAUGUGAGAAAAAUGGGAAUCUGAAGCAGCCUUCCCCCAACGGAAACUUAUUUUCAUCCCACUUAGCCACCCUGCAAGGCCUGAAAGUCUUCAGUGAAGCCGCUCAGCUCAUUGCUACGAAAGAAGAAAACAAACAUUUAUUUCUUCCCCAAUGCCUUUACCCUGGAGCAAUAAAGAAGGCCAAAGGAGCUGACCAGCUUUCUCCGUAUUAUGGCAUAAAGACAAGUGAUUAUAUUUCUGGUUCUCUUGUCAUCCAUAACGCUGACAUAGAGCAAAGCACCAAUGCGGAAAACGAAUCUCCAAAAGGCCAGGCUUCCUCAAAUGGGUGUGCUGUGACGAAGAAAGAUUCCCUGCCUUUGUUGCCCAAAAACAGAGGCAUGGUAAUAGUUAAUGGUGGACUGAAGCAAGAUGAGAGACCUGCCACCAACCCACAGCAAGAGAACAUUUCCCAGAAUCCUCAGCAUGAAGAUGGCCACAAAUCUCCCUCUUGGAUCGCUGAGAACCCAUUAGCUACCAAUGAAAACGUCUCACCAGGAAUUCCCUCUGCAGAGGAACAGUUGUCUAGUAUAGCAAAAGGUGUAAAUGGCUCCACCCAGGCUCCAACAAGUGGGAAAUAUUGCCGGCUGUGUGAUAUCCAGUUCAACAACCUCUCAAACUUUAUAACUCACAAGAAGUUUUAUUGCUCAUCACAUGCAGCGGAACACGUCAAAUGAGAUAUCUAAAUAAAUACACAUCAGUCACCUUUGGUACCAGUGUUUAGUAUGUUGUUCUACCCGGUCCAGAAAAAAACAACAAAAACAAAAACAAAAGCUGUUUGAAUUACAUCUGGGCAAUCAGGAGAUAAUUCAUCAUGGCUGAGUUGAAGACUUAAGGUGUAAUUUCAUUACAGUCCAUUAGUAAAGUGUAUUAUUGGUGCCAUUUUCAAAAAAAAAUUAAUUUAUUUUACCAGCAGUAUUCAUAGCUGUGGUUAUGUUAUUUUUUAUUUAAAAACUUUAUAUUAAAGUCAUUUGUAAUGUUAUUGUAUAGUUAUUGUGUAGCACAUAUGGUUUGCACUGUAUAGUAGCUUUUAAAGAAAAUAGUCACAAACAAUACAGAAAAGCAUUUUAGAAAUAGCUUCAAAAGCACUUGUGUAUCUUGAUUUCUUCUUAUAUGCUGUUGCAGAUAUAUGUAUAUGCUAAAAUAUAACUUGCAAAGAUGUUCUAAAUAUACGUGCUAUAAGUUCGCCUUAAGAUUUCAAUUCUUGGAUAAUCAGGCUCUGUUUGCACUUUAUAUUUUAGCAGAUACAGUCUCUUAGUCACUAGGCUUUGCAUCUGUAUGUAGCCGUAUGUUUCUGUCCAUUUUCUUAAUCUUAAACAUGUAUGUUAAAUGAAGAUGGCAACUUUUUUCUUGUAUAGUACUUGUAUUUUCUUUCGCUGAUGCAGCUCUGUCUCAAUUUUUAAACCUUUGCUGUUAAAUGCAAUACUUUAUAAAGAAUGAACAAAAUUACUGGAAGCAGUAUUGUAAGUAAUGAGGUAGUAUUAAUCAGUUUUAUCUUUUGAAAGGCACAGUCUAAAUCAAAAUCCUAAACUCAAUGCUGCAAGUAUGAAUUUAAUUCAUAUAUAAGAUCUAUUUAAAUAUAAGAGUAGCAAUACUGCACCUGGUGAUCACAAAGAUAAUGUUCUACUUCUGAUAGAAAUAAUUUCUCAACAAAUGUUGUUACUAUGCAUGUAUAUGGAUGGAAUAAAAUUCCAGAUUGUUGGAGAA